CGUUCUUCAUCUUCUUUUCUAAGCCUAGGUAGGUCCUUUCGCGAUGUUCGGAUUCCACUGAGCUCAGAGAGGAGACAUAUACUUCGGGUUCUUACUAAUCCCAAUCGCAGAAGAUUUUUAAUCGUGUUUUUCAGGAUAUGGGAGAUAAAGAGGAGUUCGAUGAGGGUGAGAUUGAGUACACUAGCUACGCAGGCGAGCAUCACUUGCCAUUGAUUAUGUCACUCGUGGAUCAAGAACUCAGCGAGCCUUACUCCAUCUUCACUUACCGCUACUUCGUCUAUCUCUGGCCUCAGCUCUGCUUCCUGGCGUUUCACAAAGGUAAAUGCAUAGGAACCGUAGUGUGUAAGAUGGGAGAGCAUCGACAGACCUACAGAGGGUACAUCGCCAUGUUGGUUGUCAUCAAACCCUAUCGUGGCCGUGGCUUAGCCACAGAGCUUGUAACAAGAUCAAUAAAAGUGAUGAUGGAGUCAGGCUGUGAAGAGGUAGCCUUGGAGGCAGAAGUGUCGAACAAAGGAGCGUUGGCUCUCUAUGGGAGACUCGGGUUCAUAAGAGCCAAACGGCUACACCACUAUUACUUGAAUGGGAUGGAUGCUUUUCGGCUUAAGCUUUUGUUCCCAAGGCCUCAUGUACCUCAAAUGGUUUAUGAAGAGGAACCCCAGCCAGAGCACGAGAUUUACCCAAGGCCUCGUGACUGAAAUGACAUGAUGACCCACCACGGUCACUUCCUUUUCAUAGUUUCAACCUUGAGGCCUUGGAAAAGAAGGUGUUGUAUUGCUUCUCUGUAUUCCGGAUAGUGAAAACAUAACCUAGACUGUGUUCUGUUUCAUAUUCAGGACAACCAAAAAACACUAGUUAAUUUUUCGAACAUUAUGAAAUACUUAAAACUUGUGGCCAUAUUUUGGAUAUGAAAUUUAGAAUUGUAUAUUAUAUAUUGUUAUUUUUCUA